CUCGUCAUACUAAUGCACUAAUUGAUCAUUCGGACCAGAUUAUCACGGUGGAUACCUGGCGAGAUGGAGACAAGGGCGAGUAUACUAUCUGUUGUCUUGAGUGGCAGGUUGAACCUUAGGAUAAUAACAAAUGUGGUAUGCAUCCUAAUGCUAGCGACCGGAAGUUGUGGUAACGAGCAGCAGAGUAAGACCGGAAGUUCAUUGUCACACAUAUUAUGGAGGAACCGGAACGCCUUUUUGAAAGAGCAGGUGGACUGUUCCAUUACUGAAAGAUUCUUUUACUCAACGAUAUUGCCGAGUGGAGUAUGUAACAAUGGCAAAAAAUGGACUUACAAGGAACAGGAUAUCAUACCAACUGUAAAUUGCCCCAUGGGAUACAUGUUAAUAGGGGGCUCAUGCGUGAAAGAUUGUAUUCCUGUUCAACGUGAAAAAACUGGAAACAAUUCUACUGCAGGGCUAGGUACGGCUAAUGGAAAUAGCACUAUCCUUAGUACAGAGGGACUGUCCGAAACAAGUACUAGCCCAAUGGAAACUGGAGUAACGGAUGUAACCAAAGCUACAGAAAGCAGUACAGAGAUACGGAAAACUGGUGUAACUGAUGAAACCGAGACUAAAGACGAAAAUAGAAAUGAAGUUUUAGAAUGUAUUAAUGGAUGUUAUGGCGACAUUUGUCAAUUUAAUUGUUUAUGUGAAAACAAUUCGACUUGUGACAUGAUGACAGGGCAGUGCACGUGUAAGGAUGGUUGGACAGGAAUAUCUUGCGAGAAAGAAUGCCCAGAAGGAACGUUUGGCGCUAAUUGUAGUCAGACAUGUUCAUGUGACGUCAGUUCCUGUCAUCCUAUCGACGGCUGUAUCUGCCGAUCACAGGGGAAAUACUGCGAUACAGUGUGUCCGUUACUGACGUUUGGUGCUGGCUGUAGCGGUCAAUGUCCCUGUUUGAUGAUCGGGACGAAGGAUUGUGAGGUGCUGGACGGCUCGUGCGUAUGUAAACCUGGAUGGACAGGCAUAUUCUGUGAUCAAUUGUGUCCCAAAGGGCAGUUCGGAGAAGGAUGUCAACAGACAUGUGAAUGCCAGUCAAAUGAAUUCUGUAUUCCUACUACCGGUGACUGUCUGUGCUGGGAUGUCAAUACCGGAUUAAACUGUACCGCAGACACAGACACUGCUGUCCCCGGAGAACCUCAUCAUAAAGCAGUAUUUCAGAUAACCGUGUUGCAUAUUGCGAUCUUGACUGGAGGUGGUCUACUCAUCAUAUUAGCACUGGUGUGUACGAUAGUCGCCUGGAGGCGCAAUCGAUCGCACGGCAUAAGCCAAUACAAAUUCAACAACAAAGAUUCUACUCUUAAGAUUGUGCAUGAAGAUUUGCCCCCAAGGGAAGACCUAUCCAGAUAUCAUGAUGAGUCUGAUGCAAACAGGAGAACCCAGUCCUGCAAGAACAAGAGAAAAUCUCACCAAGGUGGUGCAAACAAACAGCUGGACGUUCUCAAUCUACCAACUAGGAUCAAAUCAAAGCCACCUUCCACCGUGCUCGGUUUUCAGCAGUAUAGUCCUACAGAUGGGGCAGCAUUCGACCUGGAAGAGCUUAGUCGACAUUCAUAUGUCAACCUCAACGACGAGGACAUAUCCAAACAUGUGGUAGAAGAGGAACAUGACUAUGAACGUCUAAAUAAAAAUGAAAUAAAUGCACCACUCCAAGACUACGAGGUCUGUGUCAAGACUGACCGGCCGUAUGAAAAUGUUCCGUCGAAGAAAAGGAGUAUUCUAGGAUCGCUAAGGAAGCUUGUCCGAAAGGAAAGUCGGCCGGACACUGACAGGGAGCACCUCUCGGAAGAUACCGGGGCAGGGAUAAGCAGGACCAGUUUUAUUACUUUCAAUAAGCAAUAUAAAUAGUUUCUUUAAUAUUUUGGUGCCGAUACCUACAACCUGGUAGAUAUAUAAAGGUUACACUACGAGUGGUUGUUGGAUUUGGAAUUUAUUUCAC